GAUCCCGUAACUUACUUGACUACUCAAAAUACUUCCAUCUUUUUCUGUUAAGUAAUAAUUCCAUUCCGGUGGUCUAUCCGUUUUGCUAUCUUUCUCUUUGCAUACGGUGAGACAUGGGAAAGACAAAAUCUUUCAAAGAUGAGUUCACGUUUGGGCAAAGAUACGAAGAAUCACGCGAUGUUAUUGCAAAAUAUGCCGAUCGAGUCCCCGUAAUUGCUGAGAGAUAUUCAAAAACUGACCUCCCUGAAAUGGAAAAGAAAAAAUUUCUGGUUCCCCGAGACAUGUCUAUUGGACAAUUCAUUCACAUCUUAAGCAGCAGGCUUCAUCUGACCCCCGGAAAAGCUCUCUUUGUAUUUGUGAAGAAUACGUUACCUCGAACAGCUACUCUACUGGACUCGGUCUAUGAAACCUUCAAGGAUGAGGAUGGAUUUCUGUAUAUGUGCUACAGCAGUGAAAAGACCUUUGGUUAUGCUGGAAGUCAUUCUUGUGAACAUCAUUAAACUUUGUAAAGUGAUGCAUUCCUUGUAUUAUUCUCUGUAGUCUGUACAAUUGUGUAUGGAUGUGCUCUAUUAUAUAUGCCGUGUGACAUCAUUCAUUCAGCAGAUUGUAUGAACCCGAGGAAUGUGUUACUGUGCUCAUAUAACAUCAUAACCACCAACCUGCGUUUUCUU